AUGAGUCGCCCAGGAGAAAACAGGGAGUUGGUCUACUGCCAUCAGUGCGAGAACGAAUGGUACAGAGACGAGCACGGCCUUGUGCCAUGUCCAGAGUGUCAGGGAGAGUUUACGGAGAUUAUUGAGCCAGAUCAUGACCCUCGCGAAGACAACGGUCCUAGCUUAGACGACCUUCUUCCGCAUCCGCCACAUCCACACCCGUUCCACGAUCACAACCCGUGGCCAGACGCUCCUGAUCCAGAUGAAAGUGACCUAAGCGGCUUUCAGCUCAGACAAACGGGUCCCAACACCGUGUCUAUCACUGGUACAUUCAUCCGCACCGGCACACCCCAGGAGCUGUUCGGGAGUCGACAAGCCCCUGGUUUCGGGGACCCGCUCUCGCAGAAUUUCGCCACAAUGUUGCAGGGCAUAGUAGGCGGAAACGCCAACAUAAACGUACGGACACGGAGUCCUAGGCCUGGCGAAGACGACAACCGAGACCGAUCACAGCAAGGCCGCGGCGACCGACCCGACUCGCCUAACAGCCGCCGCUGGACAUACUCUCCCGGCGCACGGCUUCACCCCCGCGAUGCCAACCACCCGCAACCGCACCUCGAGCCCGUCGACGACCUUCAUCGCGUCUUGGGGAACCUCUUCCAAGGCCUUGCCGGCCCACCCCCUGGCCAGCCCGCACAAGACCCACACAAUCCUGAUCAACGCUCUCAACAACCCGUGAACCCGCUUGCAGCCCUCUUCGCCCAGCUCCUCAACCCCGGGCUCGCCCAGCACGGCGACGCAGUCUAUACCCAAGAAGCGCUCGACCGCGUAAUCUCGCAGCUAAUGGAGCAGAACCAAACCGGCAACGCGCCGGGCCCCGCCCCCGAAUCCGCCAUCAAGUCCCUCCCGAAACGAAAAGUGACGCCCGAAGACAUGGGCGCCGAGGGACGCGCCGACUGCAGCAUUUGCAUGGACGAAGUCAACAUCGGCGAGCUGGUCACCCAGCUACCCUGCCGCCACUGGUUCCAUGAGCAGUGCGUCACCAUGUGGCUCAGCGAGCACGACACGUGUCCGCACUGCCGGAAGAGCAUCGUUACGGGGAAGGAGGCGCAGGCGCAACCACCAGGGGCGCGGACGCCGCAGCCCAACCAGCAGCGGCCCCGUGCGGGGGAGAACUAUGAUCGGAUGCAGCAGAUGCCUGGCGCGUUUGUCAGAUCGCUUCCGCAGGGACCCAAGACCGUACGCGUCUACGCCAUCAACACCGCCGUCACGGCCAAGGAGAGCGUCGAGCAGUCGGAGCGGGAGCAGUGGGAACAGUGCAGCGACGCUGGGGCUAGGCGAGCGGCUUAG